AUGGUCGCGGCUGUCAGACAGGAACCCAACGCGGCGUGGAACAAGGCGGCGGAGGCCAGCGCGGACGGAGGGACCCCGGAGGCGGUGAACGAGAGGAUUCGGAAGCUGGAAUGGGAGGCGCAGUGUGCAAAGAGGGCGUACGACAGGCAGUACGCCCUGCACAAGGAGCAGGUGGAAGUGGACGCCAAGCUGCGAGAGGAGGUGCGUGACCUGGAGAUGGUGACGGAGAAGCUUGAGGCCCGGCGGUCGCGGCAGCUGGGCGAGCAGCACAAGAUGGCAGCGGAGGAGUUGAAGGCAUGGAGGGCGAAGUUUGAUGAACAGAAGGCCACGGGACAGAUGUGGAUAUCCACCGGGAGGACGCAGCUGACGGAAAUACUCAACACACUGGAGAUGGAACGCAUUGCUGUAGCAGAGAGGCGAAGGGUGGCCGAGGCAAAGCUGGCAGAGUUGGAGUGCUCCACAGUACCACCCUCCCUGAAGGAGGACGUGGAUCGGCUCAAGGAACUGUCCUCGACAUUGGAGGCUGAGGUCCCUGCAAAGAAGGUCAAGGCGAAGCAAAUGAGGGCCUGCGUGGAGCAGAUGACUGCCAGAUUGUCGAGGAAGAAGAGACUGCUCAAGCAUGUAUUGGCACAUGUGAAGAAAAUGAAGGCACAAGAAAAGCUUGCUGGCAGGUCUGCAAGCACGCCCAAGGAAACGUGGGUGGGUCCCACGCCCCCCUUUUAUAUUGACAGGGGCCAGCCUGGUGAGCCCAACCAAGGUCUUGUGUAUGGCCAAGUGACGAUUGCCGACGGCGAAAGUGGCGAACCCCACACAGAGAAGGUCCUCAAGAGGCCAGGUGUCGUGCCCAUACUGUACUACUGCGAUGGUAUGCCACUGAUGUCGGCUGGGGGUGGGACACCCCCCAUCAAGCCCUAUCUUCUGCACACAAUUCGGGAGGAGAGUGGUGCUGCGGACGGUGGAGGAGCAGCUGAGAGCCCGAGAACAGCAUGUGAGGACGCGGUCGAGAAGGACGGUGCGGAGCUGAAGGAAAACAUACAGCUGGAGUCUCUGCCCUGCCCCUCCACCGGGGGCGCCGUGCGGUCGCCAUCAACUCCCAGAUGCACUAUUUCCAGCGAGGCAAGGGUGGCAGCAACAGCCAAAAGGAUGCAAUCGCUGAAGACAGGCGAUGCGGGCGAACCUUCGAAAGCGAGACCCGACGCCAAAGAUAGUGUGCCAAAAAGGAGCAAGAGAACGGGAAGUGGUGGAAAGGUGUUUUGGACAGAUUAUCGUGCUUGGCGCCAAGAAAAUGAGUGCAAACCGUACCUGCAGGAGCAGAAGAAACUGAAAGAGAUGUCCAGACGCGAACAGAAAGAAAGGAAGGAGGCGGAGGAAGACAGGAAGUGGAGAGAGUGGAGGAAGGAGCAUCAGUUCACGGCGCAGCCAAUGCCCCAAUUCAAGACGCCUCUCCGGGAGCGCCACAGCAACAAGCACCCCACUGUGCCUGUGGCACCCAAGCUCAAAGCCGACGAGAGGGCAAGGACGCGAAAAUACCCAACCCAGGAGGCCAACGCAGUUUACACAAAGCUGAAGAAACAGUACAUAGCCAGGGCGAGGAACAACGGGCCGAAGGUGAGGGCUUGA